AUGAUGUCUCAGAAAGGCUCUUGGAGCGAGCUGCUUGGGCGCAUAAACGUGGAUCCGCACGCGACGCUGCCAGAUUACUUCCUCGAUCAAGUCUGUCCGCUCCUUAACCCCGACACUGAUGAGAACAUGCUGAGUGUCUCUCGAGCGCGGGUUCCCCGCACUCUCAUCGGAGUUUUUGGACUGUUGGAUAACACCAUCCAGAAGAUGGGUUCCGUCCACGUACAACGUACACUGAGAGCAGUGUAUCGGUUUCGACGACACAAAGACCCUGUGACGAUCGAAGUCCAAAAGGCGGUCAUGCUUCAACGCACGAUCGAGAAGGAGCUCAUGAAAGAGGAGGGGGCCGACCAAAGUCUUGCCACAAUGCUUGCAAAAUACAGGGUGAGCAACGAAUUUGAGUCUGUGGCGGCGGACAUCAACGCGUACCCAGACGCUGACGAGGACCGACUCCUCUCAUUUGCAACGGAAUGUCUGAAAGGAGGCAAUUCCGCCGCUCCGCAGGAGGUUAUUAAGCGGUAUCGCGACGAGAAGGACAUCAUAGGCAUAAAAGAGUUUGAGGUCGACGAAGACGCGCUGGGCACUUACUUGCAACACAUUUUCGAGUAUUGGAACGGCGACCGCAAACCUGAAGGAGUAUCGGAGAAAGAUGCCAGGCGGUGCGGGUAA